CUCCCCCGCCCCCCCACCCCCCCCACCCCCCCAGUAUGGCAGCGACGGGCGCCAGCGAUGCCGGCGGCCUCUCGGCGGGGUCUGGGAGGGACGGCGGCGUCGACGGCUGUCGGACGGUGUACUUGUUUGACCGGCGCGGGAAGGACUCGGAGCUCGGGGAACGCUCGCUGCAGGUCUCGGAGCGCGCGGGCUAUGCGGGGUUCCGCGCUUCGGUGUCUCAGACAAUUGGCAUUUCAUCUGAAGAAAAGUUUGUUAUUACAACUACAAGCAGGAAAGAAAUUACCUGUGAUAAUUUUGAUGAAAUUGUUAAAGAUGGAGUCACUCUGUACCUGCUACAAUCAGUUGACCAAUCACUAUUAACAGCGACAAAGGAAAGAAUUGACUUCUUACCUCACUAUGACACUCUGGUUAAAAGUGGCAUGUAUGAAUAUUAUGCAAGUGAAGGACAGAAUCCUUUGCCAUUUGCUCUUGCAGAAUUAAUUGACAAUUCAUUGUCAGCUACUGCUCGUAAUGAUGGUGUAAGGAGAAUACAGAUCAAAUUGCUUUUUGAUGAAACACAAGGAAAACCUGCUGUCGCAGUGGUAGAUAAUGGAAGAGGAAUGACCUCUAAACAGCUUAACAACUGGGCUGUGUAUAGGUUGUCAAAAUUUACAAGACAAGGUGACUUUGAAAGUGAUCAUUCAGGCUAUGUUCGGCCAGUACCAGUACCACGCAGUUUGAACAGUGAUAUUUCCUAUUUUGGUGUUGGAGGCAAACAGGCUGUUUUCUUUGUUGGGCAAUCAGCCAGAAUGAUAAGCAAACCUGCAGACUCCCAUGAUGUUCAUGAGCUUGUGCUUUCUAAAGAAGAUUUUGAGAAAAAGGAAAAAAAUAAAGAGGCAAUAUAUAGUGGAUACAUUAGAAACAGAAAGCCAGCUGAUUCUGUUCACAUUACAAAUGAUGAUGAAAGAUUCCUACACAAUCUUAUUGUAGAGGAGAAAGAGAAAGACAGCUUUACUACUGUGGUUAUUACAGGAGUGCAACCAGAACAUAUACAGUACUUGAAAAAUUAUUUCCAUCUUUGGACACGACAGUUAACGCAUAUUUAUCAUUACUAUAUUCAUGGACCAAAAGGAAAUGAAAUAAAUACAGCUAAAGAAGUUGGACCUUCCAAUAAUAUUGAUAUUGAAAUUUCUUUGUUUGAAAAAGGAAAGACACCUAAGAUUGUCAACCUAAGGGAAAUAAAAGAUGACAUGCAGACAUUGUAUAUAAACACAGCAUCUGAUAGUUUUGAGUUCAAGGCUCAUGUUGAAGGAGAUGGUGUGGUUGAAGGGGUUAUCCGGUAUCACCCCUUCUUAUAUGAUAGAGAAACUUACCCCGAUGAUCCAUGCUUUCCAUCAAAAUUAAGAGAUGAAGAAGAUGAUGAUGAUUGCUUCAUUCUUGAUAAAGCAGCAAGAGGGAAGAGACCUAUUUUUGAGUGCUUUUGGAAUGGACGGUUAAUACCAUAUACAUCAGUUGAAGACUUUGACUGGUGUGCUCCUCCUAAGAAGAGAGGGCUUGCCCCAAUUGAGUGCUUUAAUAGAAUAUCUGGUGCGUUAUUCACUAAUGACAGAUUUCAGGUCAGCACAAAUAAACUGACAUUUAUGGAUCUUGAGCUGAAAUUGAAAGAUAAGAACACCCUUUUUACACGAAUUUUAAAUGGACAGGAGCAGAGAAUGAAAAUUGACAGAGAAUUUGCUUUAUGGCUGAAGGACUGUCAUGAAAAGUAUGACAAACAAAUAAAAUUUACACUUUUUAAAGGAGUAAUUACCCGUCCAGAUCUUCCCUCUAAAAAGCAAGGCCCCUGGGCAACAUACUCAGCAAUAGAGUGGGAUGGAAAAAUAUACAAAGCAGGUCAACUGGUCAAGACAAUCAAGACACUUCCUCUCUUUUAUGGAAGCAUAGUAAGAUUUUUCCUUUAUGGUGAUCAUGAUGGAGAAGUAUAUGCUACAGGAGGUGAAGUUCAGAUUGCAAUGGAACCCCAGGCGCUGUAUGAUGAAAUAAAAACUGUACCCAUUGCAAAGCUGGAUAGGACAGUUGCUGAGAAAACAAUUAAAAAAUAUGUAGAAGAUGAAAUGGCAAAGCUCCCUGAUAGAUUGUCUGUAACUUGGCCUGAAGGAGAUGAAUUAUUGCCAAAUGAAGUUAGGCCUGCCGGAACCCCAAUUGGUGCACUAAGGAUCGAAAUACUAAACAAGAAGGGGGAAGCUAUGCAGAAGCUCCCAGGGACAAGUCACGGAGGAUCAAAGAAGCUGCUGGUGGAACUUAAAGUUAUACUGCACACUUCAAGUGGAAAUAAAGAAAUCAUUUCACAUAUCAGUCAACAUGGAGGAAAAUGGCCUUACUGGUUUAAAAAAAUGGAAAAUAUCCAGAAACUGGGUAAUUAUACAUUGAAAUUACAAGUGGUAUUGAAUGAAAGUAAUGCAGAUACCUAUGCAGGAAGAUCACUACCAUCUAAAGCAAUAAAAUUUUCUGUUAAAGAGGGCAAGCCAGAGAAGUUUUCAUUCGGUCUUCUUGAUUCCCCUUUUCGUGUUGGAGUUCCAUUCAAUAUUCCUUUGGAGUUACAGGAUGAAUUCGGUCACACUACCCAACUAUUAUCUGAUAUUCAACCAGUUCUUGAAGCAAGUGGUCUGUCUUUACAUUAUGAAGAAAUAACCAAAGGCCCAAAUUGUGUAAUUCAAGGUGUCGUAGCUAAGGGUCCAGUUAACUCUUGUCAAGGCAAGAAUUUUAAUCUGAAGGUUGUUCUUCCGGGUUUAAAAGAAGAUUCACAGAUUUUGAAAAUUAGAUUGCUACCUGGUCCUCCUCAUCGACUAAAAGUGAAACCUGACUCGGAAAUUCUGGUUAUAGAGAAUGGAACAGCCUUCCCAUUUCAGGUGGAAGUUGUGGAUGAGUCAGACAACAUAACAGCACAACCAAAGCUGAUUGUCCACUGUAAGUUUCUAGGUGCUCCAAGCCUACCAGUCUACACUGUGGAUUGCAGUAGCUCUGGGACCAGCAUCCUAACAGGGUCAGCAAUUCAAGUUCAGAACAUUAAGAAAGACCAGACACUGACUGCCAGGAUUGAAAUACCUAGUUGUAAAGAUGUGUCACCUGUGGAAAAGACUAUCAAGUUACUUCCCAGUAGUCACGUUGCUCGCCUACAGAUAUUUAGUGUAGAGGGACAAAAGGCUAUCCAGAUCAAACAUCAGGAUGAGGUUAAUUGGAUAGCAGGUGAUGUAAUGCAAAAUCUAAUUUUUCAAAUGUAUGAUGAAGGAGAAAGAGAAAUCAAUAUUACACCAUCCUUGGCAGAAAAAAUUAAAGUUAACUGGACUCCUGAGGUUAACAAAGAACAUUUGCUACAAGGUCUGCUUCCUGAUGUGCAAGUACCGACAUCUGUGAAAGACGUGCGCUACUGCCAGGUUUCUUUCCAAGAUGACCACGUCUCUCUGGAAAGUGCUUUUACAAUAAGACCACUUCCUGAUGAUCCCAAACAUUUAAAAUGCGAGUUAAAAGGAGGAAAAACGGUGCAGAUGGGCCAAGAGCUUCAAGGAGAAAUAGUUGUUAUAGUUGCAGAUCAGUAUGGAAAUCAGAUUCCAGCAUUUUCACCAGAUUCUUUAUCUACGUUGUCAAUUGCUGGAGUUGGACUUGAUAACUCUAACUUGAAAAUCACUUUUGAGGCUAACACACAGAGCAUAAGUGUACGAGGCAUCAGAUUUACUCCAGGUCCUCCUGGACAUAAGGAUCUUUGUUUUACUUGGCGAGAAUUUUCUGACUUCAUUCGAGUGCACCUAGUUUCUGGACCUCCAACCAAGCUGCUUCUUAUCGACUGGCCAGAGCUAAAAGAGCCCAUUCCAGUGAUCAAUGGAAGACAAUUACAGAACCCUCUCAUUGUUCAACUUUGUGACCAGUGGGAUAAUCACGCAUUAGUCUCAAAUGUUAAAAUAAGUCUCAUAAAAGUUAACAGUUUAAGGCUAUUACCUUCAAACCAACAGCAUAAAACAGAUGAUAAGGGCAGAGCCAAUUUGGGGGUAUUCACUGUUUUUGCUCCAAGGGGAGUACAUACUGUGCAGGUUAAAGGUGUCUAUAAUAAGAGUGCCAUAGAAGGACCUACAAUUAAGCUCAUGAUUCUUCCGGACCCUGAAAAGCCUAUUCGUCUCAAUGUUAAAUAUGACAAAGAUGCCUCUUUCAUAGCAGGUGGCAUAUUCACUGAUUUUAUGGUUAGUGUGAUCUCUGAAGGUGGUAAUGUCAUCAAAAAUAUCAAUCCAAUACGCAUUUCCAUGAAAAUGUGGAAGCUGUCCAGUGGUGUGAGCCGGCCACCAACAAAUGCAGAAACAUUUAGUUGUAAUAAAAUAAAAGAUAAUGACAAAGAAGAUGGCUGCUUCUAUUUCAGGGAAAAAACAAUCCCUAACAAAGUUGGGACAUACUGUAUCCAGUUUGAUUUUAUGAUCGAUAAAACAAAUAUGCUCAACAGCGAACAGGUUAUAAUUGAUGUUCUGCCAAAUGAACCUAUGAAGUUGGUUCCUGACAUCCAACCAGCUACUCCAGCUGUUUCUAAUGUUCGCUUAAUUGCCAGCAGGACCUUGGUCAAAGACCUACAUCUCAGUAUUACGGAUAAUUAUGGUAAUCAUACUGGAAGGAAUUUGGUUGGCACUGUAGUAGCUACCAUUAAAGGUUUUAAUGAGGAGGACACUGAUACUCCACUCUUCAUCGGGAAAGUUAGGACACUUGAAUUUCCCUUUGUGAAUGGUUCUGCUGAAAUCACAACUCUAGUGCUGGCAGAAAAUAGUCCUGGAAGGGAUAGCACUGAAUAUUUUAUUAUCUUUGAGCCUCGGCUGUCAACUUUAUCAAGAACAUUAGAGCCUUAUAGCCUGCCAUUUAUGUUUUAUGAUGAUGUUAAAAAGCAGCAACAAAUGGCAGCACUUACGAAGGAAAAGGACCAGUUAUCGAAGUCCAUCAUUAUGUAUAGAAGUCUCUUUGAUGCCAACAAGCAGCUUGUUGAUGAAAUGAAAUGCCAAGUUGAAGAAGCAAAAUUAAAAGAGGUCCAGCUGAGAAAUGAACUAAAAUCACACAAUAUUGAUAUUCCUACAACACAACAGAUACCUCACAUUGAAGCACUUUUGGAAAAAAAGAUAACAGAACAAAAUGAACUAAAAAAAAAGCCCAGAAGAUCAUGUACUCUUCCAAACUACACUAAACGCAGUGGAGAUGUUUUGGGAAAGAUCGCACAUCUCGCACAAAUUGAAGAUGAUCGAGCUGCAAUGGUUAUCUCUUGGCAUCUGGCAAGUGACAUGGAUUGUGUGGUCACCCUGACCACUGAUGCUGCACGCUCUAUCUAUGAUGAAACUCAAGGUCGUCAGCAGGUGUUGCCUCUUGAUUCUAUUUAUAGGAAAACUCUUCCAGAUUGGAAAAGACCUCUACCUCAUUACCGAAAUGGUAAAUUACAUUUUAAACCUUUUGGAGAUCCAGUCUUUGCCCGAGAUUUGUUAACAUUCCCAGACAAUAUUGAACAUUGUGAAACAGUUUUUGGUAUGCUGUUAGGAGACACCAUUAUUUUGGAUAAUCUAGAUGCAGCCAAUCAUUAUAGAAGAGAGGUUGUUAAAAUCACACACUGUCCCACAUUACUGACUAGAGAUGGAGAUCGUAUCAGAAGUAAUGGAAAGUUUGGGGGCCUUCAGAAUAAAGCUCCUCCAAUGGACAAACUUCGGGGAAUGGUCUUUGGAGCUCCAGUACCAAAACAGUGUGUGAUCUUGGGGAAAGAAAUAGAUCUUAUUCAACAGUACCGUACUGCUGUGUGCAAGCUGAGUUCUGUGAACAAGGACUUGACUAGUCAGUUACAGUACCUUCACACUCCUGAUAUGAAGAAGAAAAAGCAAGAACUUGAUGAACAGGAAAAAAGUCUGAAACUAAUAGAGCAAAAACUUGGUAUGACUCCUACACGGAAGUGCAAUGACUCAUUUUGUCACUCAGCAAAGAUUGAGUUGACAGAGUGUCCAAUUCCUACUAAAAGAAUGAGAAGAGAAUCUACCAGACAAAAUAGAAGACCAAAAGGUGAUGUACCAAACUGAAGACAGUGCAAGAAUCCUUGCAAGAAUUUACUGUUUCUCCAGAUGGGCCUGGAAGCAGCUGUUCAGUUGCAGAAUCUCAUUGGGCAUUACAGAUUUACUGGAAUGAUUCCAGUCAUUGUGUCUUUUGGUGGUUGGCUUACAGAUGUAUACUCUUAACCUGUGAUGGUCAAGCUGGCACUGAAGACAGAUAAACCUCCUGUUUCUCAGCAUAAUCAUGAGUAUAUCAGAACUGUUUCUUCAAAGCAACCUUUUUUAUUGCUCUUUUGUGAACUUAUUUAACAAACACGUUUUGUCUUUUGUGUAUGGAAAGUUCUAGAGCUAGAUAUUUAAUUGUAAAUAUGUGUGGAAAGUUGAAUUUUUCAUUAAAAUGGAGAAAGCACAGGGGUCUGGAAAUUUAAAUGUUCAAAUACAUGGAAAAAUAAAUUGAUGAUGAUAGGAUAGCCUAAAGAGUGUAUCCUGUACAUAAGUAAGAUAUGCAGCGGCAUUGAUUUUUAUAAGUAUUGUCUGAAUUUAUUAAUAACUAGAACUAUAGCCUCAGCUUUAAUUCUACAUUUACAUUAUUUUCUAAUUUUUUACUACUAUUUUUAAGAAGUUAAAAACAUAUGAGAAUGCAAUAAGAGUUUGUUAGGAAGCUGUUGUAUAAACAUUUCAACUGUCUAUUAACAUACACUAUGUAUGUCUCUGUAAGUGCAAGACUUUUGAUCUGUGACGUUAUUUUGUAAGGAAUACUUUUGGUACAGUUUUCAGUCCCAGGAAAUGUGUGUGUUUUUAAUCCUUUCUGAUUAUGCAGUAAGGUUAAUAAACAAUCAUUUCUCCUCCCAAAUUAGUGUUAUCCUUAAUUGAAAUUCAAAGCUCUGUAUAAGCUAUCUUAGAAGUAUUGACACAACUCUUCUGUGUUGUUGGUUCAAUACUUGCAUUGUUGAAGAAAGAAACAAGAUAACAAUAGUAGAAGUAGUUACAGUGAAGACUGGCUUCCUGGCUGUGGAGCAGCACUCCUGCCUAUAAUCCUAAUACUUGGGAGUUGAAAGCCAGAAGAUCAAGAUCCAAGGCCAUCCUUGGAUACACAGCCAAGUUCAAGGCUAUGUGAGACCCUGUCUUAAAAGAUCGGGACAUGUUUUAAAAAUUAACCUUGGCGUUGCUCUCUGCCAUGAGGAGGAAUGAGAGCUGAUGGCCAGCUUCAGGCCAACCAAAGGAGGCAGGUACUUGCACCCUCUCUGCAAAUUGUCAUUUUGUAUUGGUAAGCAAUCUGUAAAGUCCCCACACAGCAAUCCUCUAGUUGAGGAUUCUCUGACUCUUUAGACUCUUAGAAAGGGGUUGGAGCAAAGGAAUUUGAAAAAAAAGCUUUAGUGAAUGUGGAAUGGAAUAUUUGCCAAGACUAGAAGAUGGACAGCAAGAGAGAGAGAGAAAUAGGAGGAAGCAGAAGAGAAAAGUAAUAGACACAUAGAACUUGAAAAUAAAGAAUUAGGAAAGGAGGAAAAAGGAGCAGGAGAAAAAAGGAAAGCAUGGUUAAAGAAAAUCCUCCAUGAACUCUGCAUCCCAGGUAACUAAGGACUCAGUCAUUUGGGAAAUACGUGUGUCCUCAACGAAGUUGUGCAGAAUUGGUCACAAAUACCAGUGAUUAAGAACUACUAAAAGACUUGAAAGUGUCUGGAGUGAUUGUGAAAUGCAGCCGACCUGAUUUGGCACUCCCAGAACCUUCAGAAGCAGACCUUGAGCCUCCAGGCCCACUUACUGUAGUCCUGAUUCGGUUUCUUAAUGAGAUCCAAGAGACCAGAAGGGAAACUGAUGCCUAGAGAGCUCUUGGGUCUGUAAAAAAGUGGCAGGGCUUAAAGGCUAGUAACCAGCCAGAAGCUAACUCACUGCUUACUGGAUGGGAUGAGAGCAGAACACAAAAAGAGUGAAUAAAGGAAUUAUUAAAGCAUUUGGUGAUUGUACUGAACAAUUAAAUGAAGUAAAGAAGACCCAAGUUUUAUGAGCCAUAUCUUUGGUGGCAAACCUGUAAAUGGUGUGGUGAAUACAGGACUGUCUCCUGGGUUUGUGAAUCCUUCCCUUGAUUUGUCUCUCCCAGUUGUAGAUAAUCAGAGUGGUAAGACAAGUAUAAAUGUUAAGAAUCUGAACAUUGCAGUGGAGGAAGAGAUGACAGAUAAAAGCACACGAAAUGCUAAUCCUUCAAGAACAAGGCUCGCAGGAGGAAGUGAAGGAGCAAGCCAACAAGCAACUUUCAAGAGAAAGUUCUUCACAGUGCUAGCUGGACCACUGACCACAGUGAGGACAGCGCAGAGGCUGGGUGUGGUGGUGCACAUCUUGGAUCCCAGGACUUCUGAGUUCAAGGCCAGCCUAGUCUAUAAAGUGAGGUCCAGUACAGCCAGAACUACAUAGACUGUCUCAAAACAAAAACACAAAACAGUUUGAAUGCUGCACUCCAUCCUGAUGAAAUAGAUUCUGAGGUGGUAAAUGAAGACCCAGAAACUGUUCUCCAUAUUCUUGUAAACAGAGAAGCUUUCAAUACUUCAACAUUGAAGUGUUCAAUGUUGUUUACAUUCGUUCACCCAUCAUGAGAAACUUCAAGAUAGGAAUGAAGUGCUUGAUGAUGUGUGCACAAGACAGCAGUACAGUGGACAGAGGAAGUGUUACCCUGAAUGCCAAAAUGCAGAUGCUGAUUUCUCUUGCUCUUGUUCAGUUACAGAGAUUUCAGCAGCUGAUUUUAACCUACGCAAAGUUAAAGUUUCAGGAAGUCUUAGAUUUGGCUCUAACGUUUGUAUCCUUGAAAGUAAUGUUGCUGAAGAAAGCAGGAGAGUCCUGUAUUUUUGUGUGGAGUUGUUGGAUACACUGGCACUAUGAAGUCAGGGCAUUAUACUUCCUGUGCCAAGGCAGGAACUGCAAGUCGUCAUCUCUAAUCUUGUUUGUCACAGUGAAAUGGAAUCAACGAAAGGACAGUGAUUUUACAUCAGGGGUGCACACAUGCAAGCCGUGCCUCUAUGAAUGUUCACAAAGACCCUGUUUCUGGGUGAGUGAGGCAUCCUGUGCCGAGUGAUUCCAGGAGACUGCUGUAAUGAUCGGACACAGCUGUGCAAAAGACGGAGCCACCACGGAGGCAAAAGGAGAGAACAGCUGGGGAAGAGAGGCCAUUAUCCUGUGAGACUGAGGAACUAGUGGAGGCAGGGAGGCCGUUUCUCCCAAAGCUGUAACAGAAAGAGUAAUUCAUGGGCCUGGGCAGAUGGCUCAGAGGUUAGAGUUUGGCUCCCUCAGCCUUUCACAAGUACCUGUAACUCCAGCUCCAGAAAUAUUCUCUGGCCUCCCUGGGCACCCUCACAAAUGGGUACAUACAGCAUCCAUACAUAAGUGAAAAUAAUUUUAAAAUUUUAAUUUUAUGUGUGGGUGUUUUUGUCUGCAUGUGUAUCUGUGCACCUGUGGAGGCCCACAAAAGUUUCCUAGUGAGAUCUGAGCUUGCUUUGCCCAGAAGAGCUGCAUUAGAGGAUUGCUUGACCACGUGCGUGGGUCUGCACUUGGAUGUGCGGUAUGCUUUGAUUUAGCAAGGGGAGAUCUUUUGCCCUGCCCCUUGGCAUUCCUUUAAAAAGCCCUUUAGAAGAGACAGAAGGGGCUGGUGGAUAAGGAUCCAGGCCCUCUCGAGCUAUCUUAUCUGUCUCUUUCUAUCUAUCUGUCUCUCUCCCCUCUAUAUUUCUAUCUAAAUAUUUCUCACUUCUCCCUCCUCAAGAGUACCCUGGGGUAAAAGUGGGAGCAGGUCUCCCACAUGCAUCAUGGGCAUACACUGCCUGUGGAGGGUGUUGGGAUCCCCUGGAAGUGGAGUUACAGAUGGUUGUGAACUGCCUUGUAGAUGUUGGGAAUCAAACCUGGAUCCUCUGGAAGAGCAGCCCAUGCUCUUAACUGCUGAGCUAUCUCUAAAAGCCAAAAUAUUUCUACAAAUGAAUCUUUUGCAUUUUAUGUGAAUAUGUUGUCUGCGAUAUGAUAAAAAUCAGUUUGUUAGCUAAUCA